GUUUGGAUUGUAAAACCGGAAGAUGGGUCACAAGGGGAUGGAAUUUUUCUCGUAGACCGCUUUCGCAAUCUGGAAAUCAAGGCGAGUCAUUGCAAGAAUGCGGUCGUGCAAAAAUACGUUUUGUGGCGGUCGUUGCUUUUGGGUGGUCUGAAAUUCGAUUUUCGAGUGUAUGCGAUUGUCGUUGGACUUACGGCUUGUUCUUGCGUAAUCCAUUAAGAUCUCUGUGUUGAUGAGAUGCAACAACUACUGAGCAAGAUCUCUCUUGGUGCCCUCGACUUGAUCUCUCUAAUGUCCUCGGUGGAGACGACGACGCCGAAGAAGACAGCUCAACAAUGCGAGUGUUCCUGUGCAAAGAACAAGGUCUUGGUCGGUUUUGCACUUCGAAGUAUGAGGCACCGGACUCGAAGAACCUUGCGAAUGCGCAGAAACACCUGACCAAUUACAGCAUUCAAAAGCGUCAAGAAGGGUAUGUACGCGAGGGGGAGGUAAAAGAUGUAGGAGGAGAUGCGCUGACGCAAGUAGGAGGAGAUGAAGUUGCUAUGCAGCUACUGGACAAGCAGUUGGAAGAAGAUGCACAACCGGCGAUGCCGCAAGUAGAACAGGUGCAAACAGCUGAAGCUGAUAUAGAAUCUCCACCAGCAGCUUCUGGAAUUCCUGUUCUACCUGAAGCUUCCGAAGAUCAAGAUUCGUCAACCGCCGCUCCAGGACCCAAUAAUGUGACAGAACGGGAUGCCUCCAAAAGGUCACUCACAGUGGCAUUAGAACAACUUGGUGAAGAAUCCGGCACAAAUUUCCACGAGGAUGAAUUUUGGACGCAAUUGCAGGAGAUGGUGUCUCAGUGGGUUACCGCAAUCGAGCCUGUGCUAAUCGCGUCGUAUCGACCCUUUGAUGUGUUGGCGAGGAGUCUUUCUCCUGACCAAGAGACCGACACUAAUUCUACUGUUGUUUCACCACCUACGCUUCACUCUUGUCCUUGUUUUCAAGUAUUAGGAUUCGAUGUGCUUCUGGAUACGGAAAUGCGACCGCACUUGUUGGAGGUGAACAACUCUCCGAGUCUGAGUAUUGAU